UAAUGCAAGAAGAAAAUUCAAAAAACCAUGUAGCAGUAUUCCUUCUUUUUCCUCUCAAUCUUCCUCUUUAUGAAUCUACUCUAUCAACCAUCAAACUGUCAAGAAACAUAUGAGAUUAAGGACCCGCAAAAUUGCAGCGAGAGCUCUUCCGUAUCAAAAUUGUAUUUCUGCAAUGAUCUUCAAAAGUCAUGCCAGUCCUUUGUGAGCUUUAUAUCCAAGUCACCUUAUGAUUCACCCAUCAGUAUUGCCCACCUUUUAGGCUCUGAGGCCUCCAGUACUGCCCUCAUCAAUAAUAUCUCGCGCAAAGACAAGAUCCGCCAUGGAAAAUUAGUCAUAGUUCCCGUCUCUUGUUCGUGCUCUGCUACUCUCUAUGAGCACAAAACACCUUACACAAUCAAAAACAAGAACGAAACUUAUUAUGCUAUAGCCACUGAAACUUACCAGGGCCUCACCACCUGCCAGGCUCUCACGAUGGGGAACUACCACGACGAACAGAAUUUUGAAACGCGUUUACAGCUGAUGGUUCCGCUAAAAUGUGCCUGUCCAAAUGCAAACCAGUCGGCAAACGGGGUGACAUCCUUGCUCACUUAUAUUGUGGGAUCGGGUGAAACCUAUGGAAGGAUAGCAAAUUAUUUUGGAGUUGAUAGACAAAGCAUUCAGGAGGCAAACGAGAUUGUGUCAGAAAACUACAUUCGAAAUGUUACGACUCUUUUGAUUCCACUGAAAAGCAAGAGCUGUGCUACAAGUCCGGAGAAAUUCUUUUGCCAUUGUCUCAAUGGUUUCCUUGCAGAUGGAAGUCAAGAGGGACCCAAUUGCAAACCUCGUGGUAAAAAAUUUCCAGUCAAACUGGUCACUAUAUUAGGUAUUGGAAUUGGAUUGGGAUUGCUGUGUGUGUGUCUCUCGGGGUACAUGUUGUACAGAUUUUUAAAGAAUAGAAGAUACAGACGGCGAAAGGAGAGGUUGUUUAAGCAAAAUGGUGGCGUCUUGCUGCAGCAACGUUUGUCAUCCUAUGGAAGUAGCGAAAGAGCUAAAAUAUUUACAGCUGAGGAGCUUAAAAGGGCGACAGACAACUACAACCAGAAUCGGGUUCUUGGGCAGGGAGUAUUCGGCACUGUGUACAAAGGGAUGUUAACUGAUGGUAGCAUAGUUGCGGUGAAAAUAUCAAAAGCAGUUUUUAAAAGCCAGAUUGAGCAAUUUAUCAAUGAAGUUGUAAUUUUAUCUCAAAUUAACCAUCGAAACAUUGUGAAGCUUCUAGGUUGUUGCCUGGAGACUGAGGUACCAGUCCUAGUAUACGAGUUCAUUGCUAAUGGAACACUUUUCCACCAUAUUAGUGAUCAUGAUGAUCAUCAAGGUCAAGAAUCUUCACUUUCGUGGGACGAUCGAGUUAGAAUCGCUUGUGAAGUUGCAGGAGCAUUAGCUUAUAUGCAUUCUGCAGCCUCAAUUCCAAUCUUUCAUCGCGACAUCAAAUCUUCCAAGAUACUCCUGGAUGAUAAGUAUAGUGCAAAAGUGUCUGAUUUUGGUACAUCGAGGUCUAUUCCAAAUGAUAAAACUCACAUAACCACAGCAGUUCAAGGAAUUUUUGGAUACUUGGACCCUGAGUACUUCCAAUCAAGUCAAUUCACAGAUAAAAGUGAUGUGUAUAGUUUCGGAGUUGUGCUUGUAGAGCUCGUGACGGGUAAAACACCAAUCUCCUUUGCUAGAGCAAAAGAGAGAAACCUGGUUGCAGACUUUAUUGAACUAUUAAAGGACAACCAACUACUUGAGAUUUUAGAUCCAAGAGUGGCUACAGAAGCAAGGGAGGAAGAUAUUCAAUCUAUUGUGGAGCUUGCAGUGAGAUGUUUGAGAUUUAAUGGGAAAAAGAGGCCUACUAUGAAAGAGGUGGUUACCGAGCUUGAAGGAUUGAUAAGAUCUCAAAGUAGUUUGGAAAUCGACCAAGAGCCUCAGCAAAUGAGAGAUGAGAUGUUAUAUAUGGAAACUUCUGAAGAAACCCAGCAAGGAUCAAUAGAAGACAGCUCAGAAUUUUCUUUACAAUUGGAGUCCAAAUAG